AUGCUAAUACCAUCACAAACCCCACUUUGCGAUGAGCUUGACGAAACAAACCUGAAGACAGUAUUGGUAUGUGGUGCAUCGGGUUCUGGAAAAUCCAGGUUUAUCAAUACCGCCACGGGUAGCAACCUGGUUAUCGGGCACGGCAUUGACUCGGAGACCGAUCAAGUCAUCGACAAGGGCAUCCCUCUUUUAAAAUACGGCGAUAAUUACGUUCAGCUUGUCGACACACCCGGCUUUCAGGACACGCGCGAUGGGGAUGAAGUACCCGUAUUCAAGAAUAUCACAGAAUGGCUUGCUGCUCGAUAUGCUGGAAACUUAAGAAUCGUCGGAUUUAUAUAUUUAAGAUCCAUUCAAGAAUCAAAAGUCUUACGCGCAGAAACACGACUGAUUCAGAUGUUUAAGGACUUGUGUGGGGAGGACUGCCUCGAUCGCGUCUUGCUGGUUACAAACAGGUGGCAACAAGACUCGGACGAAGAGGAAGAGCGACGGGAACGAGAGAUAGUUACCGAUAUCAGGCGGUUUGGCUCUACUGGGACAAAGCACAUCCAGGUUCGAAGGCUUCGGAACAAGUAUGGGACCCAGGACGCGCAGCAAAUUGUAGGACUCUUUGCGACACGCGACCCAGUUACCCUCCAAGUUCAACGUGAAAUCGUGGACAAUGGGGUGGCGUUCAAUGAAACUACUGCUGGAGCACACAUCGAGGCGGAUUUGCGGGUUAGGAUCGAACAGAUGGUUGGUAAUAAUGUGAAUCCGCAACCCAAUCUAAGUUAUGCCCGACAACAAUACGAGUCACUUAAAAGCAAACCAUCUGCUUUUCGUGUCAUGGCAGGAAUAAUACUAACCGGCAUUGCGUUUUUUGCCGUAGGAGUCAUUGACGGUCUUAUAUUUUAA